UAUUUAACUUGACUUUUUUUUUUCUUACCGAAUAAUGUUUUCAUUUUUGUUGUGUCUAAAUUCACAAAGUCAUCUUCUGGCUUUUGCGCACCGAACAGAACAGUCAGUUUAAUGGGUUCGCCGGAUAAGCAACAUCGCCGCCACGUCGCCGCCGAAUUUCUCCAUAGCGCGGUAACCUCAAUCUCUUCCUCAAUCAUUCCUCUCUUCCCUCCCAAAACGGCGCCGUCUCGUGUAUGCCUCCCACUUAGAUUCUCGGUAUCAGACGAUGUCUCGUCCCCUUUCGAAUCGACGGUCAAGAGCACAUCAUCCGCGUCCUCCUCCGGCCUUAAUUCAACGGUUAGGAUAUCAUCUCUCAGCUCCGAUGGGAAACGCGGUGGACCUGCUUUCGUCGGUCAGGUGUUUAGUAUGUGUGACCUUACUGGGACUGGUCUAAUGGCUGUUUCUACUCACUUCGAUAUUCCUUUCAUCUCCAAGAGAACACCUGAGUGGCUAAAGAAAAUGUUUUCGACUAUCACUAAGAGCGAGAGGAAUGGCCCUGUGUUCCGUUUUUUCAUGGAUCUUGGUGAUGCAGUUUCAUAUGUUAAAAAACUAAAUAUUCCAAGUGGAGUGGUUGGGGCUUGUCGACUUGAUUUGGCAUAUGAGCAUUUCAAGGAGAAACCUCACUUAUUUCAGUUUGUUCCAAAUGAGAGACAGGUGAAGGCUGCCAACAAACUUCUCAAGUCAAUGCCACAGAAUGGUAAAACACAAAAGGUGGAGGGUGUCCCUGUUUUCGGUGCUCAAAACCUGGACAUUGCUGUUGCAACUGCAGAUGGAAUUAAGUGGUAUACCCCAUACUUCUUUGAUAAAGCUGUACUUGAUAACAUUCUGGAAGAGUCUGUAGAUCAACAUUUCCAUACUUUAAUCCAAACCCGGCAUGUGCAACGACGACGGGAUGUUGUUGACGAUAGUUUAGCUUCAGAGGUUAUGGAAGAGAUGGGAGAUAGCAUGCUAGAGCCGCCAGAGGUUCAAGAAGCCAUGGAGGAGAUUGGCACUUCCGGAAUUCCUUUGAGUGUUGUGGCAAAGGCUGCAGAGAUUCAGCUCCUAUAUGCCGUUGACAGAGUACUUUUAGGUAGUAGAUGGUUUCGAAAAGCCACGGGUAUCCAGCCAAAGUUACCUUAUUUGGUCGAUUCUUUUGAAAGAAGGAGUGCAUUUUCUAUCCAAAGAGCGUCAGGGUCAGCAACAAGAUGUCUUGGUGAUUCAGUAGAAGCAGAUACUUCCGCAUCACUACUUAGAGUAGAAGAUGAUAGUCCAAGUGAAGCUGAAAAGAGACAGCAACAUCUCUGGUUUCCUUUUGGAGAUUGGAUCAGUCACUCUGUAUCAAGAAAAGAACACACACAUCACAAGGGUUCAUCAGAUCAAAGGGAUAUGGAAUCUAGAGAAAGAGAAAUGCUGCGAAGUCCAUUCUUACCAAAGAUAACAAUGGUAGGGAUUUCAACAGGAGAAGCUGCACAGAUGAGUAAGGCUAAUCUCAAGAAAACAAUGGAAGAUUUAACAGAAGACUUGGAGCAAUCUGAUGAAGGGAACGAUCAUGGUUCAAAACGUUACGACUCUCUAAAGAUUGAAGAGAGAGAUCCUCUAUUUGUUGCAAACGUCGGAGACUACUAUUCGGGUUUGGCUAAAGCUGGUUCUGCUCGGUUGUCACGUAGAGGUGAUGACCAGUAACGAAACACAUCCUAUGGGUCAUAACCUAUCUUGUGUGAAUUGCUCAAGCCUAGUUACUUAUUGUAAUGCUUUUAGGCAUGUAUUAAGUUUGUUGUCAUGUUGAAAAAAUAUUUUUACCCGAUGUCAUUUUAUUUAUCGGCGUACUUUUGAACGUGAAAAUGCAAUUUUUCACCCAUGCUCUCAAUAGUAAUAAUUUUGUUUAUAACAUUUUUAUCAUUGGUUACGAAAAUAAUAUGUAUAAAAUUACU